CAGAACUUGAAAGGAGCAUCCAACAGUCGGCAAAAGGGUUUCUAGGAUGAUGGAGGAGCCUUUCACAGAGGGAGAGUUCUAUGCCAAAAAUUUUCUUCCCAAAGAUUAUCUGGAAACAUAUUAUAACUUUGAUGGUGAUGAUCAGAUUUUAACCUUUUUCCUGAAAGGGGCCCACAGGGCAUUCACCCUAGAUGGCAUCAAGGGAGACACCCUGAUCGACAUUGGCACCGGCCCAACCAUCCACCAGUUCCUCUCUGCCUGCGAGUCCUUCCAGGAGAUCAUAGCCACCGAUUACACUGACCAGAACCGGGAGGAGGUGCAGCGAUGGCUGAGGAAGGAGCCGGGGGCUUUUGACUGGACCCCCAUCGUGAAAUACGUCUGUGAGCUGGAAGGAGACAGAGAAAAAUGGCCAGAGAAGGAAGAGAAAGUCCGAAGAGCCCUCAAGCGGUACCUGAAAUGCGAUGUGACCCAACCCAACCCUUUGGCUCCACUGGUUCUUCCUCCUGCAGAUUGUCUGCUCUCCACCCUGUGCUUCGAUGGGGCUUGCAAGGACAUCCCCACCUACCGAAUGGCCUUCAAGAACAUCAGUUCCCUCCUGAAACCAGGGGGGCACCUCCUCUUUUAUUCAACGCUUGAGGAGCAUUACUACAUGGUGGGCCAACGCAAGUUCUCCGCCCUCUACCUGGAGCAGGAGGUGAUAGAAGAGGCAGUGAGACAGGCUGGCUUUGUCAUUAAGUGGAUCGAGGAGACCAAGAUGAACAUGCCACCUUCUGUAGCCGAUGGGAAGGGGCUGUGCCUCCUUCUUGCCCAGAAAUGUAGCCCGUGAAAAUUAGACAGCUGUCAAUGUAACUGUCAGCGUUCCAGAAACACCGAGAGGUUUUCCUAACCAUCGUAAUGGUUUUGUUAUACCAGUUAGGGAAAGCACAGACAACAUGGCUUCUGUGCUCUUUUCCAUGCCUUUCCUAGUAGGCAUCUGGCAAAUGCGGCGGUGUGUAAUAAAGAAACCCCUUGCCUCUG